AAUAUAUUGCUGACUUGUUGUUUAAAUAAUAAUUAUAUUAUUGACUGAACUUCAAUGGCUGCGGCAACAAAACUGUUAAAAAAAUCAUUGGUCGGUAUUUCGCAAAUACAGCAAUACCGAAACAUUGCUAAAUCAGCGAUCAGUGCUUCAAAUGGACAUCGAAAUGAACUUUUCAAUCAAGAGUGGCGCCGUCAGCAGAAUGCAGUUGGUCGAGUGGAGAAGAUCGAAGUGCGUUAUUUGGGUCUACCCGAGGACGUGACGUUGGUCAUGAACAAUAACAUCUCGACUCCAUUUAAUUGCGCACAGCAUUUAAGCGAGGGCCACUGCAAACGGAGUGCUUUAGCGUUAAUAGACGGUAGUGUUCCCUGGGAUAUGCACAGGCCUCUGCAGGAAUCCUGCACGCUGCAGCUCCUUAACUUUAACGUAUCCGAUCCGCAUUUAGUUAACAAAGCUUUUUGGCGCACCUGCAGCUUCAUGCUAGGCGCUGCGCUGCAGAGGGUUUUUAAGCAGGAAGCUAAUCUUCAAUUACACAGCUUUCCGGGACCAAAUAUUAAAUCGGGAAGCUUUGUCCAUGACAUCGUGCUUGGCGUGCAAAACUGGGAGCCGACGAAAGCUGAAAUGCGAGCCAUUUCAGCCGAAAUGGUUAAGCUGGCGGCACAGGAUUUGCGCAUUGAGCGCUUGGAGGUGGAUCUGGAUCUAGCAACAGAAAUGUUCAAGGACUUACGUUAUAAAAGCGAACAAAUACCAAGUAUUGCACAGCAACAUCAGAAUCGCGUAACGCUUUAUCGCCUUGGCGACCAUAUUGACAUUUCACGUGGUCCGAUGGUAGCGUCCACCCGUUUCCUUGGAAAAUGCACUGUGUUAGCGGCGCACAAGUUGGCCAAUGAAGGUGCAUCGGACGCGUUUUACCGAGUACAAGGUGUGGCCCUUCCCGCCGGCUUUGCACUAAAUCACUUUGCAUACGGCUUGCUGGAGCAGCGUGCCCAGAAGUUGAACCCCGCUCGUUUGCCCAACGAACCCUUUGAGGAACAGCGACAAAUGCAAUUAUCUUAAAAUGAAAGCUUAGUACAUAUAUUCACAAGAGGUUCUUUAAUAUUUAAAGCUAUAGUCUAUAAAAAUGGUUACCAUAUA